CUAAGAACUCGAUGCAAGCUGUAGGGCCAGCGAAUGAGAUACCGAGAACUACAGCCCAAGUCAUUAACUGGAUAGAUACGAUGAAUGCGAGAAUUGAGUGUGGGGUGAUUGGCGUUUAGAUCGGCAUCACCACAUCGGCUGGGCGUUAUUUGGCUUUGAGCCUUGGACGUACUUAGCUGGGGAUUGAGGUGAUUAUCCCUCAGGAUCCGAGAAGGCACGUCUGCCCGGGGGCGGGCUAAUUGGAUAAGUGAGGUACCUACCUAGCCAGUAUUGAUAUCAGACGUGUCAGACGUGUCUCCUCGGAUUCCAAGAGAUGGCACUACCUAAGGUAUAAAGAUGGAGCUGGUUCCUUGAUCGUGUGUGAAGGAUUCUUACAUGACAACAUCAAACAAGAUCGUAUCCCCAAUUGCCUACUUUAUCUUCUACUGAACUGCACCUUUCCAAGUCUUACUGUUAUCUACACUUACACGAUUUGGAACACAACGUCAAGAUGGUUGGUUUUGGAUCAGCAAAGGACCAGAAGAAGAAUCAUGAGGAGGUCGCAGAUAUCCCCGCGCACUUGUCCGACUUGCACUGUUUCACCGAGACAGACAACUGUAUAACCACAACAAUGAUGGACCUCCCCGGCUACCGCAUCACCAAAGUCCUCGGCGCAGUCUACGGCAUCACAGUGCGCUCACGCAACAUCGCCGCAGGAAUCGGCAUGGUUAUUAAGAGCAUGGCAGGCGGCGAACUGACCUGGUUCACUUCGAUGCUGUACUCUUGCCGCAACGACUCCAUCAGCCGGGUUGUGCAAGAAACGACGAGGAGAGGCGGAAAUGCCAUCAUUUGUCUGCGCUUCGAGACUGGGGAUUUGGGAGGCUUUGCACAGGCGAGUGCGUAUGGGACUGCUUGUGUGGUUGAGAAGAUUGAGGGCGCCAACGUUGAGGCGCCACAGUUGACGCAUUAACUCAAAGAGAUUGCGAGGAUACCCUUUAUAAUUUGCUUCAGUAGCCGCAUCACUGUUCUUCUCCUACCCCUCCUUCUUGUCCUUCGAUAGCAUUUCUUUUUAUUAAUCAAUUUGAAUCAUCUUUUUACUAAAUGA